AUGUCUCUCUCUCUCUCUUGGACUUACCUACCCCGAUUCCACCAAGUCACACACCAAACCUUGCUGGUGGCGGACACUCCGAGGGACUCUCUCUCUCUCUCUCAUUCAUUCUCCAUAAAAACUAAGAAGGCACAGCCUUUGGCUCUCUCUCAUAGAGAUACACAAGAGAAGCGCGCUCUUGUGUAGCGUUUCCGUUUAUAGUUUUCGCUUUUCAGAUCUCGAAAAUGCAAAGCGCAGCUUUCACUCUCUCCCCUUCUCUCCCUCUCCGCAACAUCAACCACAACAAACAGUGGAGACCUUCUCUCACCGUUCGUUUCUCUGCCAAACCCAACAACAACGAAGGCGUAAACUCCAAUGGCGUUUCUUACUCAUGCUCUUCCUUCACACGCCGAUCUUGGUGCCUCGCUCCUUCGUCUUCCUUCAAGUUCAGACCCCUUCCUUCUCCCCCUGUUCGCGCCGCCGAUAGCGUUGUUCCCGAAAGCGCUCCCUCUGAAAACGCCUUUUUCAAAACUCUCGAACUCGGAGCCUUGUUUGGCCUUUGGUACCUCUUUAACAUCUACUUCAAUAUCUACAACAAACAGGUGUUGAAGGCUUAUCAUUUUCCGGUGACUGUUACGGCUGUUCAAUUUGCUGUUGGGACUGUGCUUGUGACGUUAAUGUGGGGUUUGAAUCUCUAUAAGAGACCGAAAAUAAGUGGUGCUCAGCUUGCGGCUAUUUUGCCAUUGGCUUUGGUCCAUACUUUGGGGAACCUUUUCACCAAUAUGAGUCUUGGAAAGGUGGCUGUGUCGUUCACUCACACGAUCAAAGCUAUGGAGCCUUUCUUUUCGGUGGUCCUUUCUGCCAUGUUUCUUGGAGAGAUGCCUACACCAUGGGUGGUUGGUUCCCUUCUGCCUAUUGUUGGUGGUGUUGCACUGGCAUCUGCUACUGAGGCCUCUUUCAAUUGGGCUGGAUUUUGGAGUGCAAUGGCGUCAAAUGUGUCAAAUCAGUCUCGUAAUGUUCUUAGCAAAAAGGUCAUGGUUAAGAAAGAGGAUUCUAUGGACAACAUUACUCUCUUCUCUAUAAUAACAGUAAUGUCAUUCUUCUUGUUAACACCUGUGGCUGUCUUCAUGGAGGGUGUCAAAUUUACCCCUGCUUAUCUGCAAUCUGCUGGGUUAAAUGUUAGACAAUUGUACAUCAGAUCUCUUCUUGCUGCUCUCUGUUUCCAUGCAUAUCAGCAAGUUUCUUACAUGAUAUUGCAAAGGGUAUCACCCGUUACGCACUCUGUGGGCAAUUGUGUGAAGCGAGUUGUGGUCAUCGUGAGCUCUGUCAUCUUCUUCCAAACGCCUGUCUCUCCUGUGAAUGCUUUAGGAACUGCUAUUGCACUUGCUGGUGUUUUCCUCUAUUCAAGGGUGAAGCGAAUCAAGCCAAAGCCAAAAACAGUUUAGUUUUGAAUGGUAGAUUUUUGUUAGUGGCAUCAACACAAGCCAAAUAGUUGCCAAUUCUGAAUUUCUUUUAGGUGAGAUAGGGAAUAUGAGGAUUACCUUUAUUGACCCCCGCAUUUCUUCCUUUUUCUUUUUCAAGUUACCCUGUGGAUUUCAUUAUUUAUGUCUGAGUAAGUGCCUAUUGGUUCUUCUCCCUGAAAAUUAUCCUCCUUUGAAUUUUGCCCAAACACCACAUCAAGGUUUGCUUUGAAUGUAUCACUUUGCUUACAAACAUAUGUAAUCGGCUAUUGAUUGGUUAAAUGGUGUUAAGUUCUUCCUGGGGACUGGUCCCUCCUUAAUCUGUCGAAGUUAUGACUUUCCUGAAUAUUCUUUUCUCAAACCAAUGCGUGCAUUGAUUGUAAAAGCCGAUACAUUAUCUUGAAACUUUUGCUUAGUCGAGAAGCAAUCUUAUCAAUAGAUUAUGUAAAAUAUCU